AUUAAAGUCAUUUUGUAGUAGAAAGCCACCUUAAAAACAGUUAAUAACAAAGUUUGCUAAAACCUUUCCCAACCGCCACCUGGAAUACUUUUGUGCAGUUGGUGUCGUUUAUCUGAGGACUUGAGUGUUAUAUUUCACUCAGCGACCGUUGACUUUUACCACACUGUUGUGUCAGUAACAAACCUACUUUACAAGUCUUUUUUUUCGUCGAGAAGAGAGGAUUACGCUUUGAAGAUGUCCGUGGCGGGCUUAAAGAAGCAGUUUUACAAAGCCAGUCAGAUGGUGAGUGAAAAGGUCGGUGGCGCUGAGGGAACUAAACUGGACGAGGAGUUCAAGGACCUGGAGAGAAAAGUAGAUGUGACAAAUAAAGCUGUGGUAGAAGUGAUCUCUAAAACGUCAGAGUACCUGCAGCCCAAUCCUGCAUCUCGUGCAAAGCUUUCUAUGUUAAACACUAUGUCUAAGAUCAGAGGGCAGGUGAAAAGUCCAGGUUAUCCACAGGCUGAGGGGCUGCUGGGAGAAUGUAUGGGAAAAUAUGGCAGAGAACUCGGAGAAGAAACAAACUUUGGUGGUGCUCUAAUGGAAGUUGGGGAAAGUAUGAAGAGACUAGCAGAGGUGAAGGAUUCUUUGGACAUUGAUGUCAAACAGAACUUCAUCGACCCUUUACAAGGCCUGUGUGACAAGGACUUGAGAGAGAUACAGCACCAUUUGAAAAAGCUUGAAGGACGCAGGCUGGAUUAUGACUAUAAGAAGAAACGUCAGGGGAAAAUUCCAGAUGAAGAGCUCAGGCAAGCGCUGGAGAAGUUUCAUGAAUCUAAGGAGGUGGCUGAGAUCAGCAUGUACAACCUUCUGGAAACCGAUAUUGAGCAGGUGAGCCAGCUGUCUUCACUGGUUGAGUCUCAGCUGCAGUACCACAGACAGGCUGUUCAGAUUCUCGAUGAACUCUCUGACAAACUCAGAGACAGGAUGAAAGAUGCACAGACACGUCCUCGUAAAGAGUACAUUCCCAAACCCAAGCCUGUUAUCGACUUUGGAGAAACCAACGAACAGUCAAACGGUGGCUACACCCCAUCAUCUGCUCCACCGAUGCGCAAUGCAGCAGCAGAGCAGGCAUGCUGUAAGGCUCUCUAUGACUUCGAGCCGGAGAACGAAGGCGAGCUGGGCUUCCACGAGGGUGACAUCAUCACUCUGACCAAUCAGAUCGAUGAAAACUGGUAUGAAGGCAUGCUGCGUGGCCAAUCAGGAUUCUUCCCUCUCAACUACGUGGAGGUGAUUGUUCCUCUGCCACACUAAGAGGGCUCCGAUGAAGAACAGAGGGAGAGAGAGAGAAAGAGCAAUAAAAAGUGAAUAGGAGAAAGCUGGAGGGAAGUGAGGUAGGGAGAAAGGAGCCUGUUGAAGUCAUCUUGGUCUUCAUCCUCACCACAUUGUUGCCGUUGAUCCAAAUGUACCUGUACUCUGGCACUUUUUACACAUUGAUUUAUUUUCGAAGGAGGGAACUUUGGGAAAUGACGACCUUUCACAUUCCAGGACUGACUGACUGACCGGUUGACUGAUGUACGGACGGUACAACUUGGUCCUUAAGCUACAUUUUUAGACACACUAACUCGCUUCAUCUUUUGAUAAUGCCUUGUACUGUUUUUGCUGCUGAAAAAAAAAAA